CGCCCUCCCCAUCUGUCAGCGCCGCGCUCGCUGAGGGUUCGGCGUCCGCGAGUCCCGGGUCAAGGUGGUCGCGCGGGGCAGAGCUGCAGACGGGGCCGGAGCGAGCAGCGGAGGCCUGGCCGUGGGCGCGCGUGUCCCGCACUCCCGCGGGGGGGCUGCGUGGCGGCUGGCACCCGUGCCUCUGGGGAAAAGAGCGUCGGGACUCGAACCACUCAGGGGACUAAAUUGCAACUGCAGAGGCAAUAAGUGACUCUUUAAAGAUGGCACAGCAAUGCAGAAAGUGAAGAGGGACCUGGAGAGGAUGAUGAAGUGAGAAAAAUGUUUUUCCCAAGGACGAGAAGCUUAACAAGGAAAGUGGCUUUCUGCAAAUAACUGAUAAAGCCACCCUUAGAAGCACUUCUCAGGCUCUCAUAGAGUAACUGGAGUUUAUACUGCACAGCCUUCUUGCCUGCUGAUCACCCACAGUUAGUGCCACCAUGGCCAGCAAGAGGAAGUCCACUAUCCCAUGCAUGAUCCCAGUUAAGACUAUGGUGCUGCAGAGUGCCAGCACAGAGGCUCAGCCUGUGGACACUUUGUCUGAAGGUCUCCAGCAGGAUCUUCCUUCAGAGGCACCUGAUGCUAGCAGUGAGGCAGUCCCAAACCCCAGCAGCACUGAUGGUUCUGCCCUGGCAAACGGGCACCGGAGCACUCUGGAUGGCUAUGUGUAUUCCUGUAAAAACUGUGAUUUCAAGUCCCAGGACAUGACUCAGUUUGUGGGGCAUAUGAACUCAGAACACACAGACUUUAGUAAAGACCCAAAUUUUGUAUGUACAGGAUGCAAUUUCCUGGCAAAAACCCCCGAGGGGCUUUCCCUGCACAAUGCCAAGUGCCACUCAGGAGAAGCCAGCUUUUUGUGGAAUGUGACCAAGCCAGACAAUCAUGUGGUGGUAGAACAGGAUGUCCCUGAGAGUACUAGCACAUCUGACCUAGCAGGCGAGUCUGCCACUGAAGGGAUUGAUGGGCAGGCUGAAAUCAUUAUCACCAAGACACCAAUCAUGAAGAUAAUGAAAGGCAAAGCUGAAGCCAAGAAAAUCCAUAUGCUUAAAGAAAAUGCUCCCAAUCAGCCUGUGGGUGAGACCUUGCCAAAGCCAUUGGCUGGGGAGGCAGAGGUUAAAGAGGGGGACCACACUUUUGCCAAUGGGGCAGCUCCAGUCAGUCAGGCAUCCAAGCCCCCUCAUGCUGCCAAUGGGCCCCUGAUAGGAACAGUGCCAGUACUGCCAGCUGGCAUAGCACAGUUCCUCUCCCUCCAGCAGCAGCAGCCCCAAGUGCACUCCCAGCACCAUACCCACCAGCCCCUGCCUACAUCCAAGGCUCUUCCGAAAGUCAUGAUCCCCCUGAGCAGCAUCCCAACAUACAAUGCAGCUAUGGACUCCAACAGCUUUCUGAAGAACUCCUUCCACAAAUUCCCCUACCCAACCAAAGCUGAGCUCUGCUACUUGACUGUGGUGACCAAGUAUCCAGAAGAACAGCUUAAAAUCUGGUUCACAGCCCAGAGGCUGAAGCAAGGAAUCAGCUGGUCUCCUGAGGAGAUUGAAGAUGCCCGGAAAAAGAUGUUCAAUACAGUCAUCCAGUCUGUGCCUCAGCCCACCAUCACAGUUCUAAACACCCCCCUUGUUGCCAGUACUGGCAAUGUACAGCACCUCAUCCAGGCGGCUCUCCCAGGUCAUGUUGUGGGUCAGCCAGAAGGCACAGCAGGGGGCCUCCUGGUCACUCAGCCAUUGAUGACCAAUGGUUUACAAGCAUCCAGCUCAUCUCUCCCCUUGACAACUGCAUCUGUUCCCAAGCCAACUGUGGCACCCAUUAACACUGUGUGUUCAAAUACAACAUCAGCUGUGAAGGUAGUCAAUGCAGCCCAGUCACUCCUCACAGCAUGCCCCAGCAUAACGUCCCAAGCCUUCCUCGAUGCAAACAUCUACAAAAAUAAGAAGUCUCAUGAACAGCUGUCAGCUCUGAAAGGAAGCUUCUGCCGGAACCAGUUUCCUGGGCAGAGUGAAGUAGAGCACCUGACCAAAGUGACAGGCCUCAGUACCAGAGAGGUACGGAAGUGGUUCAGUGACCGGAGAUAUCACUGCCGGAACCUGAAGGGCUCCAGGGCCAUGAUGCCUGGAGAGCAUGGCUCUGUUCUCAUUGAUUCUGUGCCAGAGGUGCCCUUUUCCCUGUCAUCCAAAGUUCCGGAGGUGGCCUGUAUCCCAACAACAACCUCACUAGCAAGCCACCCUGCCACCAAACGACAAUCUUGGCAUCAGACCCCAGACUUCACACCAACCAAAUACAAAGAGAGAGCUCCAGAGCAGCUGCGAGUCCUGGAGAACAGCUUUGCACAAAACCCACUUCCCCCUGAAGAAGAGCUGGACCGCCUAAGAAGUGAAACCAAAAUGACUCGAAGGGAAAUUGAUGGCUGGUUCUCAGAGAGACGGAAAAAAGUGAAUUCUGAGGAGACCAAGAAGGCUGACGGGCAGGUGCCUCAGGAGGAAGAGGAAGGUGCUGAGGAUGAGGGUGGAGAUGAAGAGUUUGCUAGUGAGAUGAGGGUUCCUGGUGAAAAUGGCUCUCCUGAGAUAUUUCUUAGGCACACAUUGGCAGAGAGGAAGGUCAGCCCCAUCAAAAUCAACCUCAAGAACCUGCGGGUCACUGAAGCCAGUGGCAAGAAUGAGCUUCCAGGGCUGGGUGUCUGCGAGUCUGAGGAAGAUGGUUUGAACAAGCUAGCAGAACAGCCACCAGGUAAAGUGAGCUACAAAAAGACGGCACAGCAGCGUCACUUACUACGGCAGCUCUUUGUUCAGACACAGUGGCCGAGCAACCAAGACUAUGACUCCAUUAUGGCCCAAACAGGGCUGCCCCGGCCAGAGGUGGUACGCUGGUUCGGAGAUAGCAGGUAUGCCCUGAAGAAUGGCCAGCUCAAGUGGUACGAAGACUAUAAGAGGGGCAACUUCCCACCAGGUCUGCUUGUCAUUGCCCCUGGCAACCGAGAGCUACUGCAAGAUUAUUACAUGACACACAAAAUGCUGUGUGAGGAAGACUUGCAAACCCUCUGUGACAAGACCCAGAUGAGUGCCCAGCAGGUCAAGCAAUGGUUUGCUGAGAAAAUGGGUGAAGAGACUAGGGCUGUGGCAGAUACAAGCAGUGAGGACAAGGGCCUUGGAACUGGAGAGCCUGUGGCAGUUCACAGAGUGCUGGGUGAUGCCUAUUCAGAGAUGUCUGAGAACAGUGAAUCAUGGGAGCCAAGUGCUCCUGAGGCCAGCUCAGAGCCCUUUGCCACUUUGAAUCCCCAGUCUGGACGUCAGCUCGAAACAGACUGAAUUUGAUCUGGAUACUGUGAAGGAUCGGCCAGUCUGGGAUGCUGUCUGCCUUGUGGAAGGGCCAAACCUGCCUUGCAUCAUCUUGAUGGCCAGCUUCCAGGAGCCCAAGAGAGCCUUUGGAGGCCUCACUGAGCCUAGAACCUGCUGCCACCCUAACCACCCUCUGCCUGACACUUCGAAGCAAGUAGCAAGGGGUUCUCAUCAGCCCGUCCUUCCACUGUGCAGGACCUCUUUUUGCCUCCCAGGGACAAAGUGGUUCAGAUUGCAUAGACCUAGACCCAGAAUCAAGUUUUUAGCAUAUACAGAUACCUACAUGCAUUUAAUAAAGAAUCCAACUACAGACAUUCUCAAUACAUAGGAACUUGGGUUAGCAAAGCAAUACAGCUCUAAUAAUGCCACGUCUGUUCUCUGGGAAGCUGAGACCACAGGGCCUUCAUCCUCUGCAGCAGCAGGAGUCACAGGCACGCACAGAACUGCUUUAGGCCCAGCCCCACUUGCCUUCUCAUGGAACAGAACUCUUGAAGAGAUCUCUGCAUCAGUAAGUGGAGGCAAGCCACAUUUGUGCCAGGCUUGCCUUUGUUCUGAUUGAUAGAGCACACUGUUAUCCUCAGUUCUGAACAUAUGAGAUUACCACUGGAUGCUUCCUACUCUCUUUAGUUAACCGUAAUUCUGAUUUUUCAUGGAGUUUGAAUCAUGGACCAACUUCUCCAUUAUCAGAUCAACUAAAGAAACCAUUGUUGUAAAGCCCAGUGUACUGACCUACAUGCCCCUCCAGCCCUUCAAUUCAGAUGCCUUUACAGCAAAAGGAAAGUGGGCAAGGUAGAGCCGGUUGCUGUGGCUUUGGCCACCACAGUGUUGCCAAUGCCUCCUGCUGGUCAGAAGGAAGUACACAUGACUGGUAGGAAGAGUAACCCUGAAGGUCUUGGGAGUUUUUUUAAAUGCCCAGAGCUGGAGUGGUCUUGAACACAAAGACCUGCAGGUGGGAGUUCCUGGCAGCAUGCCCUUGCUACCCAUUAAGGGCCUGACCAUUUGCUGGCUUUAUGAUCCAGAGGUGCUGGACAUCACUGGAUAGGUUCCUGCAAGGUGUUUUAAGGUUCUAAAUUUAUAUUCCCAACCUGGGAAAUGAGAACUCUCUAUCUACUUUUGCCUAAGCGUCGUGUCCUUUGAAUUAAAAUCUCUAGAAAAGGUGCCUUUGAAACAAUGGAAAACUUGCUUAUGGAGCUGUACUAAAUAUUAAAGCCCUAGUAUUUCCAAGGCUGACUUCUCUGAGAGCAGUGGAUAAGCAGGGCAGGGGAGAGACAAAGAUGGCAAACCGGAUGUGCCAUCCAUGACCCCACUUACCUCUUGGAAACUCCACCAGGAGACUCACAGGCAGGGCAGGAGUUUUAACCAAGAAUCAGUAGUCAGCUUCUCCAUUCCCCUUACAAGAGUGGGAAAGUCUGAGGGUGAAUAUGGUGGCCUUCAGCCUUCUAGGAAAGAGGGCUUUCUUUGUAACCCAGAGGCCUGAAACCAUUAUGUUUUUCUUGCCUUUUCUGUCCCCAUAGGGGUGACCUCACAUUUGUCUCAGAUUGGGGUUUUUGACUACUUGGCAAGUUUUGCAGCCUAUUUUUGUAUCCUUUCUGUUUGAGGAGGGAAGUUAUUUGGCCCCAAACCUCGAGGAAUUGGAAAGAAUGGUGAGUGAUUGCUUCCCUUCAGAGAACAUCUGAAAGUACGUUCAGAUUUACAUACCCAUAUAUACAGUACACAUACCUGUUUGAUACUUCUAAAAACAUACACCUGAUGCACACAUGAGCUGCAUGUGGAUGCCCUAGGGGGAAAGUAGUCUGUGUGAGAAGAUAUGACAGAACACUGGGCAGCUGGAGCAGCAGAAGCCAUCUCCUGUCUAAAAAAGCGCCCGUGUCUUACCUGAGCCCAGAUGCCUGCUGGCUUCACUUUUAAAGUCCUGCUGCUCUAGCUGAAUGGUAGACCCUAUAAAAGGUCUGAACGAUUUACAUGAACAGAAAACUUAAGUUACUUGGUGAACACUAUUCUGGACACAUAGCAGCCUGGUCGCAGGCACUGGGCAGUCUUCCGGAUGGGAAGCUGCAGUAUCACUGGCCCCAACACACCUUUCUCAGAGCUGGUAAUGGCAAGACAGCCCAGGUAAGAAAUAUAACAGACUACACGGACCUUGUUUCUUUCUUGGGUUUGGGAUGGGGGAGGGAAAAUGUGGCUUGGACCUUACAUGUGAUAGAUAAUGAUGCGGGAGGUGGUUGCGGAGCAGGCACUUCAGGGAAGAGCUUUGGGUGCCAAGCAUGAGUGCACUGACAGCAGAGUAGGGUUUGAGUUGGCAGCUACCAGGUCUAUGGCUACUAUGUGGCAGAUCACAGUGGCCUUUUACAGUUGGAGGUCAAGUUGUUCUGUGUGCCUGCAGUAGAAGGCUGGCUGUGGGCUGCAGAAGUGGGAUGGAAUGUGCUUCUAACAAAGCUUGCUUUGUAAGAUGAGUCUUGCCCCAUCCUCUACACUCACUUGGACUUACCAGAGGCAGUUUUGUUGCCUGUAUUAUGGGGUUUUUUUUUUCCUGCUUAUAUAAGAUUGUAAGUUCAGUUCUAAACCAGACCCCAUUCUAACAGAAAUCUGAACUUGUACAUAGGCUUUGCAUAUUAUUUGUAACUUUUUGAUCAGAGAUGUUUCUUUUGGGAGUUGCGUGUGUUAGUUUGGGGAGUCCUUUCCCUGAAUGGCUUGUCAGCACUUUGAGGUGUCGUAGUGACUGUUCUUGUUCUUUUCUCUUGGUUGAGUGACAGCAGUUGAGGUGGGCAAUACCUUAGCCUGAGGCACCCUUCCCUCUGGAAGCAGAGUUGGGUGAGACCAGGUAAACUUCUGCUCUGUCCUCCAGUCUGUCCCCAGCUGGCCUUGGGUGUGGCCUACCAGGAACUUAGCAGCACUCUCCAGGCCCAGAUGGCUCUCAGAGAGUUGACUUAUUCUGUCAGUAGCUAUGCCACACCUGUAUCCCUUUCUCCCUGCUGGCCCUAGUUCACCUGUCACAGAGCUGCCUUGUGUGGAGAGUGGGAGACAGUCUUUCUGGUUAGUCUCUUGUGUUGUCCCUGUCUUGAGCCUUUGCCUUUCAUCUUCCUUGUCUCUGUAUGGACCAAAACCCUCAGAUUGGAGCAACUCAGCCAGUUUCACUAUCACAGCCCAAGUGCAUAAAAGAGCUUCCUGGGAAACCAGCCAAGAAGAAAACAAAACUUAGAAUUUAUAUCUUUCUUAAAGUCCCCACCCUUUCUUCUGUUCCCCAGGGAAGAAUGUUGGUUCCAUCCACUUUUGCAGAUGAAUUUGUAUUGCAUUCACUCGCAAGGUUCUAUUGUCUGUAGGAGUCUUCUAGAUAUAUGAAGGUCUUUGACUAGGUCAUCCUGGCCAAGGUUUGGCAGGUUGUCUGGUUUUCCUUACUCAAGACUCUUCAGCAUCCCUGACUUACCUUCUUCUUUUUCUCAAGAGCUCACUGCUCAUCACCAUCCUGCCCAGACCUUUAGGGAGUGAUUUUCAUGUGUUCUAGCACUGAAGCCCACAGGUCUUCUCUAAGCAUAGGCAUUUCUGAGACUUCAACCUGAAUUACCCACACUGCAGUAUGCUUUGCCCUAGUUCAGUGAAGCAGGUAAAUGACUGAGCUGUAUACUCCAGGGCUAAUGAGGUUGUUGGGAGUCUUCAGUGGAAUGUCUGAGUUUGGUAUUGACUGAGUAAUGUGCCACAACUGAUAAUAUACUGCUUGCUGUUUCGACUGCUCCCUGGUUUAUUAGCUAGACAUCCAAAUUGAACUGCGUCCUAAGAAUCCAUUUUUGCAGGACUUUGUGUUCCUAGUGCCUGGCCACUAAGGGUGGCUGCAUGGAGUGACAAGCCCAGGCGCACUCAGAGUCCAGAACCUGCACUUGGUUAUGAAGCUCACAGGGUGUAUGGUGUUAGGACUGAGAACCUGCUUUGGGGUCUGAAUGCUUGUCAACACUAGGCAGCAAUCUUAGGGUCUUAGCCCUCCAGACUUGAAAAACAAUGCAUGUUUUUCUAGGUCAGGGUCUAGCAGUACUCUGAAGUCUGAGCAAUGGUGGGAAUCCAGAAGUUGGUAAUGAGACUGGUUGCCAAAGGACAGAAGUAGGUACCUGCUUCCUUUUUCAGACUUGUGGUUUGCAGGACAGAAUGGAUUCAGUGUAGUUACUACUGGAAAGUCUCUGCCCUCCUUGAGCUAGACAUUGCUCCUACUCUGGCAGGAUCCAGGCAGAGCAGAGGGAGAACAGCUAUUUGGCAGGGACUUUGCUGUGUGGUGUCUUCCUGCUGUUUACAAGGGUGGACAGAUGGCAAGUCAGAACACCUGAGAGGGACCUGAUAGCAGUGCCUCUUUUGUCACGAGAUUGGUGUACUGUGCAUAUAGAUGGGCCCCUGUGUGUUAAUAGCUUUUCUUGUCAAUGCCUUUUGACAUGUAUUCCCUUCUAUAGAAGGUGGGUCAUUUCAGAAUUACUCUGUACAACUGGAGUUGAAGGUAAAAUGUCUAUGAUAAAGCCUGCUCAGACACUGAAUAUAGAAAGAAUUGCCAGGGCUUGAUCCUUCUCAAACAAGUUCCAGAAGCAACACUGUACAUCUGGCUAUUAGAAUGUGGUCGCUUUUAACCUGCAGUUUGUGCUUAGAAAGGUCUUGUUCUUGUAGCUUCUUUGGCUCAGGGUCAGGGCCCCAUGUGAUGCAGUUGGCUGCAGUGAGAGCCAGCACCCAUUCCUCAGCAGGGUUCCAGCAUGACUUGGGUUGUUCCUUUAGAAAUUGGGUGGGCCAAGGGCAGCAGUGGCCACUAGGGCAGUGAUCUCUCUCCCAAGCUUCUAAGUAGCCUGCUUUGUUCAGCUUUGCCAGGAAGGUCAGACUGUGUCAUAAUGUUAUUAAACAGAGUAAACGGGCCAACGUUUCUCUGGCCCCUGCUGACUAUUGUUCUUUGAGUUGUCUUGACAUAGCCCUUGGGGAGUUGGGAAGGCUGCCAAGGGCCUGCAGAGUCCUUGCUGAUAAUGUUCUGGUUCCUAGUCCUCCAAACCUGUUUUGAUCUCAGUAUGGAUGGCUUUGUUCUUAGGGACCAGAGUGCUGAGCAGUGUGAUGGAGAAUGCUUAAACAGUCUGCCUUUGAUGUGCUUCCUGUCUCCCAGGAACAGCUGAAGUGACUAUCCUGGUGCUAAGUGAGGGGCAGCUGGCCUGUUUAAUGGCAGGUCACCUGCUACUGUGACCAGCUAUGAGAGCAAAUCAAGAAAUAGCUUAUUCUGUCACAUGGGCCUUUGUGGAGUGGGGAUUUUCUAUGUGGCCCUUGCUGGCCUGAAACUCACUUUGUAGACCAGGCUGGCCUCAAACUUGAACACUCUUCCUGCCUCUGCCUCCCAAGCACUAAGGUACAGGUAGGCAUGGGCCACACCUGGCUAGAGUGUGUGAAUGAAUCCUUUACCCAGGAAACACCUGAAUAGAAACUGGCCUUGCCUUUGGUGUGGGCUAUGUGGUGGGAGGUGUGGAGGUGACCUCCUGGGGCUGAGUCUCUGGGCCUCCUACGGUCCCCCAUGGGGAUGCUGCUAUUUCUAAGAUGCAAAUUGCACUUUUCUUAGAUUUUGUAUCUGCAAAUUUGGGUAAGGGAUGGGAUGAGGAACAAAACUGCUUAUGUAGUUUGAAUGGGCCUCAGUGGUACUUCCAAUCUUUUGACUGUUCCUAAAUAAAACUGUACAGACAUUUCUUA